AACGAGGACUGAAGCAGAAAGGGCCAUGGAUACCAGAGAAGCCCUGAUCUCCCUGCUUCUGAUGGCAAGUCUCAUAGCCCUUGUGGCCAGCUGCAGACAGGUGGCCAACCGGUCUGCACGGUGGAAUGUCACCUUCUUCCUGGAAUUAACCGGCACCUUCCAGAUCUGCGCCAUCACCCAUGAACUUUGCCUGCUAGGCAAUUUGAUGCCCAAACCGCAGGUAGCCCUCUUCCUGACCUACGUUUUCACAGUCCUCCACGGCUGGACCCUAACUGGCAGCAUCGCCAACCCUGCCAGCAGUUUCCAACAAUUCUACAAAGGCCGGUUAGGAGUCCAAACCUGGUGUCUGCAAACUUCGGCUCAGUUCACGGCAGCCCUCCUGGCUCACAUUUGCAUGAAAUUAAUCUGGAUGUUGGGCAUCACCUCCGAACAUACAAGAGCCCUGCCAGAGACCUGCGGCAAUCCAAUUCAAACCACCGUAGUCAAUGCUUUUGGCCUAGAGUUCCUCUUCUCUUUCUUGCUGCAUCUGACUUUACUCCAGUUUGAGUCAAUGAAUCCCAGGCUAAAGGUCCAUCUGAUUGCUUUGCUGAUCACCUCAUUUGUCUAUACAGGAGGAAACCUCACUGGCGCGAUAUUUAAUCCAGCCCUGGCUUUUUCCUUGCACAUAAGCUGCUUUGCGGAGCAAUUUUGGAAUUACGUGGCGGUGUAUUGGGUGGCACCAUGCAUAGGAUCUGUGCUCGUGACUGUUAUAUGGGAUGAAGUUCUUCCUGGGCUACGCAGAGAAGUUUAAGGUGGAGAAGACAGAUGUUCAAGCAUCUCAUGAAAGUGGAUGGAGUCUCUUUUUCCCAUUUUACUGGAGGCUGGCACUGAAAUUUUCCAACAUCUUACAGAGGUUGAUUUUGAGCAUAGGGUUCUAAGGCAUUCUACAUUCCCGUGCUUUAAAACUCUCCCAAGCUGAGGCACGUAUUUCAAAAUUGCAAGGAUCUGUUUACUUUUCAAACUUUCUGAAUGAGCUGAACACAGAACACCCAGGCCUGUUAAAGGGAAUCAUCUUCCUUUAUGCAAAUUUCACCUCUUCCAGUAGACACGAGUUUGUCUAUUUUAAGGGGAAACAGGCCAUUAAAAAAUAUACUAAAGUGUCACAGAAGUGCAUUUAUAAAGAAAAUGUAGAUGGGGAAAAGGAUACCAGCUAAAACAUUGAGCAAAUGUUCAUAAUUAAGACAAUUAUGAACAUUUUGCCCAAUGUCUAGAACAGUGUUUCUUAACCUCAGUAACUUUUAUGAUGUGUGG